AAACCGCGUCAGGUCUCCCGUGAAGAAGGUGUCCGAUUUGCCCGACUUUACAAUAUGCCCUACUCAGAAGCAAGUGCCAAAACCAGUGAGGGUGUGAAUACCUUAUUCCAAGACUUGGUCAAUCGAAUCUACGCGAAACCGUCCUUAUGGGAUCCGGAUAAUCGACGUCACGGCAGUCAGAUGCGUUCGUCCAGUCGCUUGCAACUAAACCAAUCAAAACGACCCGGUCUGGAGUGCUGCUGA